AAACUUCUUAAACGGUACGUAUCGGUUCAGUUCAUGAGAACUAGGGCGCUGUCGCCAUGAAACCGAAUUUUAGCAGCCCUUGUCCAACUGAGAGAUGAAACCACGGGUUGAAUAAAAGUAUUAAAAGUAAGGAACAGACACCAACUUCAGACGACCUUGAAAAAACCAGUUAGGUUCUACGUGAAAAGUUGGUAUUUAACCAACAAAAAAUGUAUUCAUAGAAUACAUGUUACAAAAAUGAAUCAUACAGGGUAUAUAUCCCUAAUAUGCUGUGAAAAUUGGUCCCAGUAACUCACAGGAGUGUCUGCAGGCAUAUAAAAUCAGUAUCGAUACAAAAAUUCAGCUAAGUGGCCGUCUAUCAUAUUUUACUAAGGGAGAGUUUCGAUUCCGAGAGGAAGGUAACUAAAAAAUCACCGUAAUUUACGACUAACUAACUCUUUCAGACUCAUUUAACAGUGGUUGCAUCUAAACGCAUGACCAUCGAAAGUCCGGCACUACUAUCGCAAAGCCUGGGCGGAUAAUGCAGUCAAUAAAGAGAAGUACACUACUAACUGGAUUACCAGUGUCGAAAAAUCCUCAUCGUAUUUUAACAUCAUUGUAUAAUCGUAUUCUCAAGGUGUUGGCACUUAUGCCUGAGGAAUCUAGUUAUCGUAGGCAUACAAGUGAAAUAGUACAAUCUAGGCUAAAUGCUGUUAAUAAGAUACCAGAUAUUCCUACCCUUGAAUCGACUAUCGAUUGUGGUCAAAUUGAAGAAGUUAUUGUACAGGCUGAAAGGGAAUAUGAUUUAGCUCGUAAUAUGCUUAAAUGGAAGCCUUGGGAAAAACUCCUUGAAGAAGCUCCUCGUGACCAAUGGAAGUGGCCACUUUAAAAUAACCUUCUUUCUUUUGUAUUUCACUUUAGUGUUUUAUGCUGUUUUGAAAAAGCCAAAUAGAUUGUAGAUCUUGAAAUCUUAUGCCAUUAA